GGUGAGCAAGCACUAUGGUAUCCCCCGAUCCACACUCUCUGCCAGACUCAAGUCCCCUCACCCCCUCGCCAAGAAAAUGACAGGUAAGGGAACCCUCGUACCGUAUGAGGAGGAGGAGGCCAUCAAAAAGUGGAUCCUAGAGAUGAGUUCAAAGGAGGGCACACAGGCCUGGCAGACCAUAGCCAGGACAGUUCAGGAAGUGCUGAAUGAGCGAGGGCUUAAAGUGUUCAAGAAUAAUAACAAGCCAACAUCUGGCUGGCUCCAAGCCUUCCUGAGGCGUCAUCCCGAGCUCAGGAAGAUACGCAUUGGCUACUGGACUACGGGCAUUGUUGGGGACCCCACCAAAAGUGUGGAAAAUAAGGAUAGCCACGAAGUUAAAGUUGUGGUCCCUGGGCUUGAAGAUGAAGAUGAGGAUGAGGAGGAUACCUAAUAUAUAGAGGAGUAUGUGUCAGAGGAGUCAUGUGAUGAACUGAAGAGGAUUUGUUAAAUAACAAGGCAAACAUCAUGAAAAAAGACGCCAUCAAAGUUGAAGCUGAGAA